AUGCCUCUCUCCACCGACACUCAGACGCUCGAAACCAGCAAGGGGCUCGUUGACGCUCUCCGCGGCGCGCAGGGCGAUGUAUCAACGCUUUCCAAAGCCCCGCACUUCACCCUCCCUUCCACACCCAUCACCGUGCGCUUCUCCUCCUCCACGGGCAUCCCCUCCAUCCCGGACACUGAACCCACCGCCAACCCGCGCGGCCUCGCCAUCCGCUUCCACCUCCCCUCCUCCGAUGGCAAGCGCCGCCACACCGACAUCAUCGCCCACUCCACGCGCUACUUCCCCACGCGCACAGGCGCAGAGUUCCUGGAAAUGCUCCAAGCGCUCGGCUCUGGCGGCGAGGCCGUCCCUGCUUUCCUGGGCACACACCCCGAGACGGUGCGCUUCCUUCAAGACCCGAAGCCGAGUCCGGCGAGUUUCGCAACCGAGGCGUAUUUCGGCGUUAACGCGUUUGUCUUUACGAACGCGGAGGGGAAGGAGACGUUUGUGAGGUAUAGGGUUGAGCCCGUAGCUGGGUUGCAGACGCUCUCGUCCGAUGAACUAGCUUCCAAGGGCAGUAAUUACCUUUUCGAAGAGCUGGAGCCGAGGUUGGAGAAGGGUGCUGUUGUGUUUAAGCUAAUGGUGCAGAUUGCGGGGGAAGAGGAUACGACGGAUGACGCGACUGUGUUGUGGCCCGAGGAGAGGGAGGUAGUGGAGUUGGGGGAGGUGAGGAUUGAGAAGACGAAGGCGGAGGAAGAGUCUUUGAAGGAGCAGAAGGAUGUUAUUUUUGAUCCUAUUCCGAGGUGGGAAGCAGAGAAGGGGGGGCGGAGGUCGUGA